AACAGGCGCGCUGGCACCGGCCGCCCGCACCCUUGGCUCCUCGUAUUUAUAGCGGCCACCUUCUGGUGAGUUCAGCGCGAGUCGGCUCCGCGAGAGGACGUGUCCCGCGCCGGUCCGCCAGCCCGCCCCGAGCCGACACCAUGGUGCGCCGUGACCCCGCCCAGGAGAAAGAGGUACUCGAAUGGAUCGAGGCCGUGACCGGACAGAAGCUCCCACCAGGCCGCUAUGAAGACGUUCUCCGAGACGGCAUCGCCAUCUGCAACCUGAUGAACAAGCUGUCGCCAGGCUCCGUCUCCAAAAUUCAGACCAGCGGAGGCUCCUUCAAGCUGCGCGAAAAUAUUGAGAGGUUCCAGAAGGCGGCCAAGGCGUAUGGCGUCCCGGAGGAGGAGAUUUUCCAGACGGCUGAUCUAUACGACAUGAGGAACAUCCCUCAGGUGACGCUGUCGCUGUACGCGCUCGCCCGCCUGACCCAGAAGCAUCCCGAGUACAACGGACCCUCGCUGGGACCCAAAAUGGCGGACGCCAACAAGCGAGAAUUCUCCGAGUCGCAGCUGCGCGCCCACGAGGGCCAGCUCAACCUGCAGAUGGGCUACAACAAGGGCGCCUCGCAGGCCGGCCACGGCGGCAUGGGCAACACGCGGCACAUGUGAGCGCGGCCGGUGAACGGGCGGGCGGGCGACGGGAGCCCGGUGGGCGGCGCUGGCCGUGGGGCGGCCCAGUGACUGUGCUGGCAAGAGAGUGGCACACCGGGGCAAAUUAUGGACCCGGUGGACCGCGGGCGAAUGGAGCAUCGUGCAGAAGCCAGCAAUGGAUCUACUGGGGCGGUUACUACACGCUCCAGAACUCUCUUCACACUUUAUGCGCACCUUUCAGCCGGGUGUAUCGUGAUGCGUGUGGAUCGGCCUGGUGCCAAUUUGACUGGUGUCUGAGCGGUAUGGCGUUACCUUGUUAUGCGGCCCCUCGUUGAGUUUGGACUCGCCGCGCUUUGCUCUGUUUCAAACGCACACAGCGUAUGAAUGUAGAGACUGGAUGAUUUUUACGCUUUGCUGCUGCUGCUGAAUGAUUAUCGUUAGAGUAACUCUUGUGAUGCGUUACAAUAGUUCCUUGUUUGACUAUUUGUUAGCCAAUGCUUUUUUCGUAUGCGAAUGGUGAUGUUACGGAUAAUCCACUACACUACUGAUUUCAGGUGUUUCUAUGAGCGCUGUUGGCGACGAGUGUUUGUUAAUAUAACAAGUUACAUUGUGA